AUGGCUUUGUCUCAUUCUCUCAAUUUGCAUUCAUUUUUGCUCUCCUUGUUAGUGUUGUUUACACUUUCAUUUGCAUUUUCAGACAUCAAAGCAAACACUUUAGUCUCUCAAAUUUGUGCCGAUACUCGAAACCCCUCUCUAUGCAAUCAAGUUUUGGACUCUGACCCAGGAGCAUCAACUGCUGAUCUCAAGGGUCUAGGUUACAUAUCGAUCAAAAUAGCUCUCACGAAUGUUAAACAAACAUUACCAUACAUUAAAUCUCUCGUCAUGCAGACCACCGAUGUAAUGCUCAAGAAUCGAUAUAAGACUUGCGCCGAGAACUAUUCCAACACCGUUGACAGCCUUAACCAAAGCAAGACGUUCUUGGAUAAGGGAGAUAUUCCGAGUCUUCGGACCUACGCCUCGGCCGCGUUCGAUGGGCCCGGCACUUGCGAAGACAGUUUUGAAGGGCCGCCAGCCGCACCAGCCAAACUAAAUGAUGCCAACAAGAAGCUGGAAGAUCAUGUUAGCAUUCUUUUGAAAAUUGGAGCGCUUUUGGGGGGAGAUAAUAGCUUAUAG